AUGAGCUCUACCGGACCUUCCACCAAAGAGAUCAUCCUCGACGCUGUCGCUCAGACACUCGGGGAGGACGCCCUUGAGACAGUCGAGCCCACUGAGUUCCCCAACGCCAAGCCUACCAAGGUCACUCUUAACGAGGUGCCGACUUGCAUCACUCAGACGGAUGCUCCCGUCAACCUCCGCAAUGGUCCUGUCGAUAUCUUUGUCGGCCUCGACAAAGAAUGCCCCCGAUGGGACCCUGGCUCCGUCGUGAAGUGGGCGGCCUGGCGACAAGGAUUCAAGAGUCAAGAAGACGCCGACCUUGCCGCCCUGCACCUUGCCACGGCAGCCGAACAGUGGAACAAAGCCAACGUCGGUGUCACUUUUGAGUGGGUUCCGCUGGCCAAGGACGCAACGUUUGUCCUAUGCCAUGGUGGUGCCAAGGGAGGCGUUUUGGCCUCUGCAUUCUUCCCCAACGCGAACGACCUGAACUACCUGUACGUCUACACCACGGCGUUCCAGCAGCCGUACAAGGACAACAUGUGGCAGAUCUUCACUCAUGAGCUUGGCCACGUUCUGGGUCUGAGACAUGAAUUCGCCGUUGACGGGAUUCCGGAUCGCGGAAUUGCUCCCGAAGGAUUCGGCGCCGUCCAGCUGGGCCGCCGAGACGAGCUUUCCGUCAUGAACUACCGUGACGAGCUACCUGAGUUGCAGCAGUCUGACAUUGAGUCUACGAAGUGUUUCUACUCCCUGCCCAGCAAUGCCAAGGUCGGCAUGACCCCAGUGGCUGAUUACACCCCACGUUGA